AUGUCGAUGAACAACAGUAACUCUUUUUCACAGAAUCGUGGUGGUGGUGAUCUUCGAGACUCUCGAGACAAUGGAUCUCGAGGAGAUAUGGGUAGUCGUGAUAUGGGUAAUCGUGAUAUGGGUGGUCGAGACAUGGGAGGUAGAGAUAUGGGAAGUCGAGAGCCAUCAAACAAACUCUAUAUUCGCUUGGAAGGUGUGCCUUCAUUCACUGACAAAGAUCUCUAUGAACUCUUUAUCAAAUAUGGCAAAAUUACAAAUCAUGCUUGGAAGAUUGGUUUUGGAUUUGUUGAAUAUCAAAGUGUUAAUCAAGCAUUGGAUGCAAUCAGCCAACUUCAAUCUACUAUGGUAAUGGGCAAAAAGAUAUUCAUUGACUUUUCGAGUUCAAAGCGAGAGCGUCAUCCAAUGUCCACUAUCAUCACUCCGAAAGCACCUCGUGUCUACAUCAACUACGACAAUGAAUCUACUCAUCCCAAUGAUUUGAAAGCACUGUUCUCCAGUGUCGGUGAAAUCAUCCACAAUCACUUUGUCGACAAGAAGGGCUAUGGAUUCGUCGAGUAUGCCACCGUUGAAGAAGCCGAACGUGCCAUCAGCCAAUAUCAUGGUUACGAAAUUCACAAUCGUAAACUACUUGUAAAUUAUGCAACAAUGCCAGGUACUAAACCAAGAUCAAGAUCAAGAUCUCCUCGUUCAAUAAAGAGGACAAGAUAUCAUAGUCCAAGAGGUGGUAGAAGUAUGAGUAGAAGUAGAAGUCCUGGUGGAACAAGUAACAACAACAACAUGAGUGGCUCCUCUUUGAACCAAUCUUUUAAUUCAAACAACAAUAGCUUUGAUAGCAAUUCCAACAACAAUAGCAACAACAACUACAAUAAUGGUAAUUUCACCAAUCAAAAGUCCUACAAUAUGAGAAGUGGCGGAAGUAGAAGUAGAAGUCCUGUCAGGGGUAGAUCCAGAAGUAGAUCAAACUCUCCAGAUUCCAAAAAUAGAAUGAACAGCAACAACAACUACAACAAUAAUACCAACAACGGUGGUAAUAACAGUGGUGGAAUGAGAGGUCGUUCACCAAUCAGAAGAAACUAUUCGCCAUCCAAAGAUAACUAUAACUCUUUCAUUGGUAAUUCAAAUUACAAUUCUCGUAAUAAUAAUAGUUCUCACAUUGAUAAUGCCGAUAAAAAUCAAUACCGUCCAAACAAGUAUUUAAGUUCUCAUAGAAGCAGUGUGAGUAACAACGAUAAUUAUCAAGGUAGUAGUUAUAAUAACAAUAACAAUCAACAACAAUAUAAUAAUAACAACAACAAUUAUAAUAACUACAAUAAUAAUAAUAAUAGCAACAGCAGUAAUAUUAGUCAACAAUAUCAGAGUAAUGAUAUUUCUUCAAAUCAAAAUAGUAAUACUUAUAGCCAAGAUAUCAAUAGUAGUAAUAAUACAAAUCAAACAUCGAUAGCCAAUGAAACAAAGAUUUCAAUGUCGAGAUCAAGGUCGAGAUCUCAUUCACGUUCAAGACGUUCAAGAAGAUCGAGAUCAAAAUCUCAGUCUCGCUCAAGAUCGAGAUCUCCAAUUCCAACACCACAACAGAGUGUCGAAGCCGAAAUGACAAUCCCCUACGACGAGACAGAUUCUAUCUCAACAAAAGUAAACACCAAUUCGCCAACUAAAGAUUCCGAUGACGAUUGCAAUCCAAUGGUCUCGAGUGAAUUUUCAAUCACCCCAACAAGCGAAAUUGCUGAUAUUACUCACCCAGUGGCUGCAAUUACCGAUUCGAUCCAAGACGAUGAAAAAAUCAGCAAACCAAGCUAUUCCACUGAAGAUAUUGCUGCCAGUCCCUCAUAUUCGACAAGCACUUCCGCUUCAAGUCACAGAAGAUCACUGUCGCCAAUGCAUUCUCCAAAUCCAAAACAUGUUUCUUCGCAAUAUUCGACAAGCACUUCCACUUCUAGAUCACACCAUCCGGUCCCUUCACCCCAAAGUCAGUCUCAAUCUCAAUCUUAUUCAACCAAAGUAAAAGAAGAAAAGAAAUCUUCCAGUCACUCGUCAUCCAUUCAACCAUCAACGAAUCAUCAUUCUCAUAGCCAACAUUCAUCCCACUCUAAUCAGUCUGGUGGUGUACUUGUCAACGAGUCUAUAUCACAGGAUAUUCGUAACACCAAAGAUAAUAUUAUCAAAGAAGUUUUCAUGUUAUUUGAUGAAAUGAAAAAACAUUAUACAAGAGAGUGUUAUGUUCAAACCGAUGUUUUGAAAUCAGAUAUCUACAGCCACCGUAAAGAUACAACCAACAAACAUGAAAAUACUUUAAGAAAAUUUGAAGAGCAGUUAUCUUUUCUUCGUAGAAUCUCUAGUGUCUCUGAAUCGAACCAUUUAAAUUUAAAGGACUUUCAAGGUGCUCAAUCAAGCUUCCAAGUGGAUAUCAAUUUUCUCAAAUCCGAUAUAACCUCAUUGAAAAUGGAAAUGAAAGACUGCAACUCUAAGCUGGAUCACGUUUUGCAAGAGCUCAGAUCAAUCUCUGGUGCCGUCAAGAACUGUGCUUCACAAGACCAAAUCAAUUCUGUAAAUACCGAGCUGAGAAGAGUAGCAGAAGCCAGUCAGAAUGCAUCGAAUGGCUCUGUCAUGAAAAAGCUAUUUCCAAUCGACGCACUCUCAAACAAACUGUUCAAUGUGGAAGCCAAGUUGGAAUCACUCGAAACCUCAAUGACAAAGCAGUUUGACAAUAUGAAGAACGAAAUCCUCACUCAAAAUGCCAUUCAGGGAAUGGUUCAAGAAGAUAAAAAAAGAGCACCAACAAGAAAGAAAUCAGAUAAAUAG